AUGGCGCCGAAAGCUUUGACGGACUGUCCGGAAAAUCUCCGGGAGUCCAUCGACUGGCUGAUACAGGUUAGGCAUGGGAAUGGUGAGAAAGGUCUUACCAAUUUGGCUGAGGCUGUGAAAAAGUUGAUUGAAGGGGCUAUUGAAAAUGCUACUAGUAGUCUUAAAGAGAGGAAAGAGCAACUUGAAUGCUCUGGAAAAUCUUGGGAAUCUGACUCACAUUGUCAUACGCUUAAAGAGGCAAUUGAAAAAGAGAAAGAAUCUGGAAAUGAAGAUAAAAUAUCUAAGGCUCAAUCCAAGUAUAAUGAUCACUACAAUGACGUUCAUUACCUUACUGAGGAUGCCAGGGGAAAAGCCUUGGAUGAUAUUGAUGCCCGCCGUAUCUCUCUUGGUCAGCUUGCUGGACAGCUUUCGGGUUUUAUUGGCGGGAGUGGAGAAAUCCAGAAAGCUAUUUUGAAUGGUUUGCAGAGUAACGUAAAUCAGCUUGAAAAGCUUUUAAAUAAAUCUUGCGGAGGGGAGGGGUGUGAUUGUGAUAAGUAUCCUGAGAAGUUCAGUGAGGGACUUAAAAAGCUUAGUGCGGAACUUGAGAAAGAAAUUAAACAAAUUGAGGAAAAUAAAGAUCAUAGAAUAAUUUUUGAUGGGUUUCAAACUCAUGUAAAUGCGGUGAAUGGGAAAAUUCAUGAAAAACAUUCGGCUAUUGAAAAGACAAUUAAGCCACUUGAAGCUUCUAAAAAAGAAUAUGAACAGAAAAAAGAGUCUUUCCCUGAGAAAGAUUCCAAAUCCCUUCAGUCUCAUAAUGCCUCCAAGGAGUCUCUCAAGACACUGAAUCAGCUUUGUCAAUAUGCUGAGUCACUGAAAACUCAUAAAAGUGGAGACUGUGAAAAUAUUCUUAACAAUUUCUGUUCCGGCCUUGAGACCUUCCUAGGCUUCAACUCCGACUCCAAAGGCUACUCGGGCACGGGCAUCGUGUACUCGGACCUCGACAGGCUCUGCGACGGGGUGAUGGCGUUUUUGUUGGGCGUGUUGGAGAGUGUUCAAAGUGAUGAUGCUGUGACAAAGUAUGAUGGUUAUUUUGAUCCGGAGAAUCAAAGAUUAAAUAAACUUCUUCAGACUCUUAAAUCUUCCAUAGGUCAGGGAUCUGGUGCUUUGUUCAAUGGGGUUGACAAGGUGAGUGAGUGGCUUGGGAGGUAUGAAGGGGAGGUGAAGGGGAAGACUCAAAAUGUUACCUCACAAUUAGGUGAAAUUGAAUUAUGGAGAAAUGAAGAUUAUGAUGAUGUCUCCAAGCCGUCUGGUAAGUUGGAUAAUUGGAUUAAAUCUCUUUCACGUCCGCUCGAGAAAUCUCAAGAGGCAGUUAAGGCACUUAAAUACGUAGAUAACGAACUUAGAUCUAAUUUAGAUCCGCACGUGAAAUUGAUGCAUAAUGCUGUUGGCGCUUUCUACGUUAACGCUAUUUUGGGCGUGAAUGAUCUACAUGCUACUUGUAGCAGUAUAAGUGGUGGAAUAAAUAGUAUUCAAGGAGCGGUUAUCGCUGAAGCUUUGCAGCAAGGGGAUGAGUGUGUUAGGAGAUUGACAAAUGAGUUUGAAACCCGAAUUCAGAAACCGAUGGAUCACGUGAAAAGGAAGUUGGAAGCUGCCCAAGAGACAUUGGCGAAAUGGAUCGGGAAGGCACAAGAAGUAGUCGGUAAGGCUAUAAUAAAGUGUGAUGCAAUACUGGGGAAAUUGGAGAAAGAUGGUUCAUCAGCAACUGAAAGAAAAGCCGUUGAGCAGGCGGCCGAAGCUUUGCAACGGAAGGCUGAUGAGCUUCGGGAGAAGGCAUUUAAGGCUAAGGAGGAAGUGAAUAGGCUGGUUAGUCAGGCGUUAGGAGCCGUGAAAGAAAUGGAUGAGAAGCUUAAAGAGGAUUUGUACAGGGUGAAGAAAGCUGUAGGGGAUAAGGUGACGGGUAUUCGAGAUAAGAUUGGGGAGCUUUAUAAGGCCGUCAAGGAAGGAAAGCGGAGCGGUGUAGUAUCGGAGGGGGAUAAGAAGAUUGCAAAGGUUAUCGGAGAUAUUCAAGGUAAUGUUGCGGCAAUUAAAGGAGACUCAGGAAGCACUGGUCUUGCGGGAAUAGUUAGCGGUGUUAACAUGUACGCAAUGAAGUUCGCCAAGAAUACGUUCGAAAACAGUGUUUUGAAUGGAUGGAGCUGUAGAUGGGACUCUCACGACGUAUGUUAG